AUGGCGCCGGGUCUCUGGGGUUUUCCUGAAGUCUGCGGUGCCCUUGGAGGACAUUACAUAACAUUAAUGCGGAGAGAGAGAGAUCACAGGGACCGUAUAACAUUAUCAUGCAGCGCGUCCUCCGACAGAACGUUUUAUGUACGGAGCGCGUCGUCCGUGGCGACGUACGCUGCCGGCAGUCACGGGGGUACCCUAAAUUCUGCAGGGCGCUCGCCCCAUGGCCCAAGCCUGAAACGUGUCGGCAGCGCGAUCAAUAACGUCUUCUGUAAAUCUCUAAUCGAUCUCCCCAUGGACGGACUCUUCAGCUCAUCUCCUGACGGGUCUCCGAGAGGAUUGCCAGGCUUCAGGAACCAGCCCGGGCCCGCGAGUCCCAAAUCUCGGCCCACGAGUCCCGAAUCUCGGCCCACGAGUCCCGAAUCUCGGCCCACGAGUCCCGAAUCUCGGCCCACGAGUCCCGAAUCUCGGCCCACGAGUCCCGAAUCUCGGCCCACGAGUCCCGAAUCUCGGCCCACGAGUCCCGAAUCUCGGCCCACGAGUCCCGAAUCUCGGCCCACGAGUCCCGAAUCUCGGCCCACGAGUCCCGAAUCUCGGCCCACGAGUCCCGAAUCUCGGCCCACGAGUCCCGAAUCUCGGCCCACGAGUCCCGAAUCUCGGCCCACGAGUCCCGAAUCUCGGCCCACGAGUCCCGAAUCUCGGCCCACGAGUCCCGAAUCUCGGCCCACGAGUCCCGAAUCUCGGCCCACGAGUCCCGAAUCUCGGCCCACGAGUCCCGAAUCUCGGCCCACGAGUCCCGAAUCUCGGCCCACGAGUCCCGAAUCUCGGCCCACGAGUCCCGAAUCUCGGCCCACGAGUCCCGAAUCUCGGCCCACGAGUCCCGAAUCUCGGCCCACGAGUCCCGAAUCUCGGCCCACGAGUCCCGAAUCUCGGCCCACGAGUCCCGAAUCUCGGCCCACGAGUCCCGAAUCUCGGCCCACGAGUCCCGAAUCUCGGCCCACGAGUCCCGAAUCUCGGCCCACGAGUCCCGAAUCUCGGCCCACGAGUCCCGAAUCUCGGCCCACGAGUCCCGAAUCUCGGCCCACGAGUCCCGAAUCUCGGCCCACGAGUCCCGAAUCUCGGCCCACGAGUCCCGAAUCUCGGCCCACGAGUCCCGAAUCUCGGCCCACGAGUCCCGAAUCUCGGCCCACGAGUCCCGAAUCUCGGCCCACGAGUCCCGAAUCUCGGCCCACGAGUCCCGAAUCUCGGCCCACGAGUCCCGAAUCUCGGCCCACGAGUCCCGAAUCUCGGCCCACGAGUCCCGAAUCUCGGCCCACGAGUCCCGAAUCUCGGCCCACGAGUCCCGAAUCUCGGCCCACGAGUCCCGAAUCUCGGCCCACGAGUCCCAAAUCUCGGCCCACGAGUCCCAAAUCUCGGCCCACGAGUCCCAAAUCUCGGCCCACGAGUCCCAAAUCUCGGCCCACGAGUCCCAAAUCUCGGCCCACGAGUCCCAAAUCUCGGCCCCCGAGUCCCAAAUCUCGGCCCCCGAGUCCCAAAUCUCGGCCCCCGAGUCCCAAAUCUCGGCCCCCGAGUCCCAAAUCUCGGCCCCCGAGUCCCAAAUCUCGGCCCCCGAGUCCCAAAUCUCGGCCCCCGAGUCCCAAAUCUCGGCCCCCGAGUCCCAAAUCUCGGCCCCCGAGUCCCAAAUCUCGGCCCCUGUACCCGGAGCCCCCCGGGAUGUGCAGCAAACAGAGCAGCGGGAGGAGAAGGAAGAUCGGCCGGAGAGAUCGCAUCGUCAUCCCCAUCCUGCAGAUCCAGCCCGGAGAGACACUGCCCACCCUUCAUAAACUGAGCCUUCGGUCUAAAGUCUCCGCCCACCGCGACAUUGCUGCCCAGCCGUUGCAGUCCAGGGAUUGGAUGCGGCCCCGUCCGAGCCUCCCAAGCAUUCCCUACACAGCGGCGGGAACCAGCGAAGGGGCAAAGACCCGGCGCGCUUCGCUUGGUGCAUCUCACCGCGUUGUAAAGUUCCUGGAAACGAUUCCGACGUUGUGGAGUGAGGAGGAGGCAGGAAAAACCCGGAGAUUCUGCAGAGCGUCGCGUUUUAUAGACGAGGAGCGCGUUCUGCGCGGCGGGGGGUGUGACCGCACCUGCAGGAGCGGGUAA